AUGAAACCAUCCUUCAAAGAUGAUGCGUAUACUCGAAUCUGCAAAGUAGAGCAGUUAUGGAAACUCCGAGUCGCUAUGGGCGGUCCCGAUAUCCUAGAAUCCGGAGGCAUCCAUGGCCUGACAAGAAAGAAGAUGAAAAUCAUCCUCAGCUUUACGCUCCUGUACGAAGUAAACAGACAGAAUACUCCUCACAAUAUCAACGCCGAUUAA